AUUAUUCUAAAUAUGUGUAAGUUAACAUUGAAGGCUGCGUUAUGCAUUUCCUGUGUGGCCUUUCUCGUGGCAACAACUGGAUCUUAUGUUAACGGGCAAAUUGCAGAGACGAGCGUAGCUACAAAACAAGAAAUAAUUUGUGAAAGCAUAGACAUUAGGAAUUACGUGAAAGAUUUCAAGAGGAAGCUGGCCAAUUGUACAGUGAUUGAAGGUUUUCUUAAAAUUGUUCUUAUUGAGAAACCAAAACAUGGACAAUAUGAUCAACUUAGUUUUCCUGAUCUUGUGGAAGUCACUCACUAUGUGUUGCUUUACCGAGUGUAUGGUCUACGCAGUUUAAGUCAGAUCUUCCCUAAUCUGGCAGUAAUACGAGGACAAGACCUGUUUUAUUUCUACUCUCUCGUCAUCUAUGAGACUAUAGACAUGGAGGAUAUUGGAUUAAUUGGCUUGACAACCAUUGAAAGAGGUGCAGUUCGAUUGGAGAAGAAUCCUAACUUGUGUUAUAUCGAUACCAUUGAUUGGAUGAAAAUUGUUCCUUCCAUGCAACUGUCAGAUCAUUACUUUAAGGGAAAUAAGUUAACUACGGAAUGUGUUAAUGUAUCUCCAGAAAACUGUCCUGUGACGACUGUUAAUGGGAAACGGGAACCCCGAAGUUGGAACUUACAUCACUGUCAAAAGCUGUUAGACUGUCCUAAAGGGAGUAACUGUCCCAGUGGGAUGUGCUUUGAAGGUCAAUGCUGUGACUCCAAGUGUUUGGGAGGGUGUUAUGGACCUAAGACCUCCCAAUGCAUCGCCUGCAAGAAUGUAAUGGACAGCACCCAGGGUUAUUCCCAAUGUAUUGAUCACUGUUCACCGGGCACCUACAAGGUUCACAACCGUCGCUGCCUCUUGGACAAAGAAUGCAUGAGUAUGAAAAUGUAUCUGGUGCCAUUUACAAACACAACAGCAGCUGAGUGUGCCCCACACUGCCCUGCUGGAAUGAGCGUCAACAAUGUAUCCAAGUGUGAAAUAUGCGAAGGAAGAUGUCCAAAAGUCUGCCCACCCAUGAGAGUUGACAGCGUAGAUUCAGCUCAAAAUCUCAAGGGAUGCACAUACAUCAAAGGAGCCUUGGAAAUCCGCAUCAGCUCUGGAAGCAACAUCGCUGUGGAACUGGAAGAAAAUCUUGGACAGAUUGAGGAAGUGAUGACAUAUGUGUGGAUCCAUGCUUCCCAUGCCCUUCUGUCUCUAAACUUCUUUAGGAACCUUAAGAGAAUACGUGGCAUGACCCUGUACAAUGCUAAAUAUGCCUUAAUGGUGAAUGACAACAACAAUCUUGAAAACUUGUUUCCUGAAAAAACCAAAAAUAACUUAGAAAUUCUAAAUGGCAGCAUGUUCUUCCAUUUUAAUCGCAAACUUUGCUACAACAAGAUAAUGGAUCUCCUUAGCUCUGUGACAAUGAACUCCACAGCUGACAACGACAUCUCGGAAACAAACAACGGAAAUCAGAUGCCUUGUGUCUAUGCUACACUCAACUUGACCAUAUUUCAAGUUACACCCAGAGUGGCUUUCUUUAGGUGGGAAAACUUCCAAAUUGCAGACCAGCGAAACCUGCUCAGCUAUGUUAUUCACUACAAAGAAGCUCCUGUCCAGAAUGUGUCUACCUAUGAUGGACGCCAUGCCUGCAGUGAGGAUUUCUGGAACACUAAAGACGUCCUCAGCACCAGAAGCAUGAAUGAGACUUACAUGUACGAGAUUCUGCUGAAGCUGAAACCUUGGACACAGUAUGCCAUCUACAUAGAAACCUAUACCACUGCACUCGCCAAGGUCGGUGCCAUUAGCAAGGUGAAAUAUUUCCGGACAGCUGCUACAGCACCUACUAUUCCUCAGAAUCUGGUCGUCAGAGCCACCAAACCAAAUCAACUCCACCUGACUUGGGAUCCUCCUGAGUCUCCCAAUGGUAACGUCACUCAUUAUGAAGUGUAUUGGCGUGAAGGCGAGCUAGAUCCCAAGAAAUAUGAUGUCAGAGAUUAUUGUACAUCACCGGUACAACGAAUUGAUCAGAAACAGCAGGAAGAGUCUGAGAAAAGUAAAAUUGAAAAGGAAAAGAACAAAUAUCAAGAAGGUCAGGAAUGUUGUGAAUGUGCUAGUACGAGUCGGCAGAAGAAAGAAGAAGAACAGAGAGAGAGGGAAAUGCAAAUCAACUUUCAAAAUUUUUUACAAACCGCAAUAUACCUCAAGAGGGAAAAAAUGCGAGGAAACUCGGAUCGCAAACAAAAUAUUGAGACGUAUCAUCAGAUGAAUGGGAACAAAAAAGCCAACAGCAGCGAAACUUCCAACACUCGAGCACGACGCUCAUCAUUGUUUUUAGAUACGUCAGUCGCCAAUGAGUCCUUAGGAAAUGAGACAGAGUAUAACACGACAGAAGUAGAGGAAAGGGGUGCAGUUCCUGACGAGGAGUCGAACCCCUACUAUAGAGCUGUUGUGUACAAGAGAGAAUUUAUCAUCCCCAACCUGAUGCACUACAGAGAUUAUAACAUAGAGGUCAUAGCUUGUCAGGAACGAGACCCACGGGACUCUAGGGGAAAUCAGUCGGAAGAAGCCAAGUUAUGCAGUAGCAGAGCCUUAGCACUUCAACGCACAAUGACUUCAAAAGUGGCUGACAAUAUCAACAGUUCCUCGAUCAACAUCAAUGUGAUGAAGAAUAAGACAGGGGAGGUAAUUCUGAAGUGGGCACCACCUCCUAAUCCUAAUGGGAUCAUCAUAACAUAUGAAAUCAAGUACAGUGACUCAAACAUAAACAAUGUCCAACCGGUCACAGUGUGUAUAUCACAGAAAAUGUACAAGUCAUUGGGAGGACACAAGCUCAACAAGUUGGGACCAGGCAACUAUACCUUCAAAAUACGGGCAAAUUCCUUGGCUGGUAAUGGGUCAUGGACUGAAGGUCGAUAUUUCAUAAUUGAUUCUGAGAAAGGAGAAGUAAUGGCACAGGAAAUGAUCAUUGUGGUGUGCGUUGUUGUUGGAAUUCUGAUAGUGGUUGUCACUGGAAUCAUUGUUUGGUGUAUGGCUCGCAGACGGUUCCGUGAAUACCCAGAUAUCCAGAACAUAUCUGCAAAUCCAGAAUACAUGUCAAACUACGAUGCUUACAUAGCAGAUGACUGGGAGGUGGAUCGUGACAAGGUCAAACUUAUUCGUGAACUUGGUCAGGGGUCAUUUGGGAUGGUGUAUGAAGGCCUGGCAAGUGAUCUGAAGGAAGUCAGUGGAGAGAUCAAAGUGGCUGUCAAAACAGUGAAUUCAAGUGCUACAUUUUCAGAAAGAAUGAGUUUCUUAAAUGAAGCUUCCAUUAUGAAGGCAUUUGUGUGCUCCCACGUGGUACGGCUGCUUGGAGUUGUAUCUGCAGGUGUGGCUCAAGGAAAACCAGCCUAUGUCAUUAUGGAACUCAUGAGCAAUGGGGAUUUGAAAAAUUUCCUUCGCAUGCAUCGGCCAGAUGAAGAGGAUAAUGCAGGUCGUACCCCUCCGACUCUCCACCGUAUCAUGCAGAUGGCAGGAGAAAUUGCUGAUGGGAUGGCCUAUCUUGCAGACAAGAAGUUUGUUCAUCGUGAUCUAGCAGCCAGAAAUUGUAUGGUGGCAGACAAUCUAACAGUGAAGAUUGGAGAUUUUGGAAUGACCAGAGAUAUUUAUGAAACUGAUUAUUAUAGAAAAGGUGGGAAAGGGUUGUUACCUGUAAGAUGGAUGGCUCCAGAGUCUCUGAAAGAUGGUAUAUUUACCAGCAUGUCAGAUGUAUGGUCCUAUGGAGUGGUUAUAUGGGAAAUGACCACGUUGGCUGCCCAGCCAUAUCAAGGACUCUCAAAUGAAGAGGUCCUCAAAUACGUUAUCAGUGCUAAAACAAUGGACACACCAGAAGGCUGUCCAGAAGUUUUAUAUGAUAUGAUGUUACAAUGCUGGAAAUAUCGACCAAAAUCACGGCCGACAUUCAAAGAAAUUAUAGAAAUUUUAGUACCUGAACUUGAUCCACACUUCAGGGAAACAUCCUAUUUCUUUAAUGAAGGAAAGGUGGAUUGUGUUGAUUAUGAAGAAGAGUAUGGGGAAGAUAUGGGACAGGACGAUUCUCAUAUGCCCUUUAUUUCUGGUGAGGGAACAAGUGGAAGUGGGGCAUGUUUAAAGCAUGAGGACGAUAUAUGCUUAAUGGAUAGAGCAUACCGAUAUUCAAGUUACCCACAAAACCAUGUGGGGGCUUCCGAGCCAUGUGACUGUAUACUGUUACAGGAGACCAAGGAGGGAGGGAUGGGCAGGGUAGAGGUUCCUAAUGAUGACAACCACCAGUUCAAUGCGGACUCCAACAGUGCAAUAGACUCAUCCAAUGAUGGAAGCAAGGAGAGCAGCAAGAGCUCAAAUCAUAGUUAUAAUCCCAUUAAUGGUAUCAACAUCCCGCCUAACUUAGCUAAUGGACAUGUGCCAUUGCAAAUGCGGACAACCACGUCGUGCUAGUAUAGUGAUGAUUAUGGUGGGUCCAUUUUUUAAUUUGUAGUAUACAUCAUCGUACAGAACAACCAUUUCACAACCUACACACAGGAUCAAUGUUAUAAAUCAUUUUCCACAACCAGAUCUUAACACCAAUGUCACAACAGAGUAGACUUGUGCAACAAGACAUGUGGAAGGGUUGUACAUGUAACACAUGGAAUCUACAUUGCUGUCGUAGAAUAAGGAUCUCGUUGUUUGCGGGAGUCCCAAGCCUAGUACCUUCACCCUGCAUUGUUAUGUGUUGACUGAUCUCUGCUUCCAUUCAAGUCCAAAGGGAUAUCUGAAAUGUUUGUCUGUGUAUGUUUGUUGGUGAUUGGAUGAUUUUAUUUGUUGUUGAAAGUGACACCCACCCGCCCUACCCCAUUUACUACCAAUCAAAUUUUAGUGGAGAGUAACCUGAAGAAGUACCUGUCAUUCAUGAUUAAGCUAGUAGAUAGUGAUUUUAAUGUGU